GCACCACAGAGCAAAGCUUCAACUAUCUCUUAUUUAAACUGAAGUUGCCAUAUUACAGCCUCAGUCCCUAAAAAACCAUGGCGGCUGCUUCCAAGUCCUCCAUCUUCCUCCUCUUCGCCGUCUUCGUUGCCGUCUCGCUCUCCAACGUGGAGGUUGGAAUGGCGGCCCGCCAGCUUCUCCAGCUACCUGACCUUCCUGCCGUCGGAAGCCUCCCUGUCACCGUCCCGACUCUGCCCGUGGUGCCCAAGCUGCCCGUCCCUGCCGGAGUCGUCCCAACCAUUCCUGCUGUGCCCAAGGUAGGCUUGCCGCCAGUUGGUGGAGGCGUCGCUGGCGUUCCGGUGGCAAUUCCGAACAUUCCCGGGGUCACUCCUUCGGUCGGAAACUAACUACUGAAUAUAUGCCAACCGCGCUAGCUACUGGAAGAUGGAGGUGUACGAAUUAAUGUAACGUGUUUGUUUCUGUUGUUGUAUUGUACUAAAGUGAUCAUUUCGUAUUCUGUUGUUAUUGAAUCUAUGUAACUUAUUUGUUUUAUUCGGUAACUUAUCCGUUUCCAUGCUCCACCCGUAUUUGUAUUUAACUGGUUCUGUAUUUAAUUUAUAUAAAUAAAAUAGUGUUAUUUUAGUUGUUUUUGUAGAGAAAGGAAUUAAUGUGUGACUUGGAC